UUAAAAUGAACAUUGCUGCUUAAAAGCUAAAUCGCUUUACUAGCUCUGAAUUUCAGCCUUGGUAAAAGUAUGUCUGGAGGUUUACUCUCAGUGGUCUGUCUGCUGUGUCUGCUGUCCAUUUGCUCAGCCUGUUACAUCUCUAACUGCCCCAUCGGUGGCAAACGAUCCGUACAGGAUUGGCCAUCUCGACAGUGUUUGUCAUGUGGUCCCGGUGAUCAUGGUCAGUGUUUUGGUCCCAGUAUCUGCUGUGGUGAAGGUAUCGGCUGCUUGGUUGGCUCUCCAGAAACGCUCCGCUGUCUGGAGGAAGAUUUUCUUCCUUCUCCAUGUGAAGUGUCUGGAAAAGCAUGCGGUUAUGAAGGACGCUGCGCUGCUCCUGGGGUCUGCUGUGACUCAGAGGGCUGCAGUAUGGAUCAGUCGUGUGCGGAUGGAGAAGCUGACGGUCCAGCCACCACUCAACCUGCCAGUAGCCAAGAUCUUCUGCUGAAGCUGCUGCACCUGUCAAGCCACGCCCAUCCCGUCAGACUCCACCAAUGACAUGCUCACAGAAGAGUGACGUCAUCUCAGGAGCAGCCGCCCACCAACCACAACGACUCAUCACAGAAUUUUUGUAAACCAACUUUGAAUAGCCGCUCGGUAUUUGUAUGGCUAAUAGAUAGAAGUGGAUAUUACUAGUGCUGUAUUGAUGAUAGUUUGACUGUACGUUUGUGCAGCUAUUAAACUCAGAAAGAAUUC